AUGGCCGAGCAACAUCCCACCACAACGAAGAAGACCCAAUCCCGACAGCAGCCUGGCCUUGCCUGUGAAGGUUGCCGGACGCGGAAGAUGCGAUGUGAUCGACAAGAACCAACCUGUAACAACUGCAAAGAUCUGAACAUCGUUUGCAAACCCAAUGCCGUCAGGCAGCCCAGAGGUCCCAAGAAGGGACAAUUGCGAGCAUUGCAGUCCCGCAUCUUGCUUCUCGAGCAGCAGCUUGGCGAUGCGAAUACCAACCAAGACACGAGCAACUCCAGCGGAGAAUCCGAUCAGGAUCCAUCCCUAGAUACAUCCCGCAAGAGCUCCACUGCAGUAUCAGAGAUCAGUCUGCAAGAAUGCGAUACGCUGCCCGACGGAUCCGCGCCUCUCAUCUUCUCAGAUCCACCCUUCGAUCCGAUGAUGCUGUUCUCCCCACCAUAUCCUCUCAUGACAUAUACCGGUGACAUGCAGGAUGCAAUGGACAUGGACAUGGAUGCUUUGUCAAAGAUGAACCUCUUCACAUCCAUGGACACAUUUUCAAAUACCCUCCCAAUCGAGAACAACUUCAAUGGCCCGUCGUUCGGUCUCGACAACGUUCAAGCCGUUCCUCUCACGGAAUUUCAAAGAGCCGAUCUGAAUCAUCUGUACUUCGAUCGAGUACAUUCUUUUGUACCCUUCCUACACCGACGGCGAUACUUCAAGAGAGAGGCCGCCUCUGGUAACAGCUCUGCACCUUUCACAACCCUCCAACAUGCCAUGUGGACCAUGGCCGCCUCCAUGGGAAGUCAAUUCCUCGAUGUCCGCGCCACCUUCUACGCCACCACCAGAUCAAUGCUGGAGAGAUGGGAGUUGGAAACCCUCGGCGAGGCCAUCUCCAUCGAGUACGUCCAAGCGUUGAUCCUGCUCGCCAUCUACGAGACGACCCACGUCAGCUACCAGCGGGGCUCCAUGAGCGCCAGCCGCUGCUUCCGCCUCGUGCAGCUCCUCAAACUGCACAAGAUCGACGACCCCAACUCCACCCCGGACGAGCAGGGCCACUGCGAGAUCGAGCGCGAAGAACGCCGCCGCGUCUUCUGGGCCGCCUACAUGCUCGACCGCUUCCUCAGCCUCUUCAACCAAUCCCCCAUGACCGUCAGCGAGCAGAUGAUCCUCACCCGCCUCCCCAUGCCCGAAAGCCCCUUCCAAUGCUCCCACCCCUUGCGCACCGACUUCCUCGCGCAGGUAAUCUCCAGCCCGCCGGACCACGACCUCAGUCCCUUCUCCGAGACGAUCUUCUGGGUGACCAUCGCCGGCCGCUGUCUCGCGCACCAGCAGGAGUCCGCCAUCGACCUCGUCCACGGCGGCUGCCAGAUCGAGGACUCCGUCGCGCGAUACAACGCCCUCAGCGCGAUGCUGCUGCAGAAAUUGGAGAACGCGAGCACCACCGCCGGCCGCAUGGUGGACGAUUCCUCCGAGGCCCUCCAGCUCUUCACGAACAUGGUCUCGCAGACCGCGCUGAUGUUGCUCUUCACCGCCAUGCCCGCACAUGACGUCGUCCCGACUGCCUCGGGCGGCUUCCACGGCGUGCACGUCCGCGCCCUGGCCGCCUCGCAGACCUUCGCGGGCCUCCUCCAGCGUCUGUCGGAGUUUAGCUCGUUCAAGAUCCAACCCCUCACCCCGAUCCUCCUCUACUACUGCGCCGUCUUCUCCAAGGCCCACCAGGACAUCGACGUCCGCGCCCGCCACCAAUAUGAAAUCAUCGUCAACAAGUUGAAGGACUUCGCCGCCGCGAAUAAACUCGCCCAGGAGUGUCUGACUUGUCUGGGUAUGGGUCGGUGA